UACAAUUUCAUCUAAGCAGGUAAAGAUCAUACUCGAAUACAGAGUCAAUCACCGUCAAAUUUCUCCUUUUUCCAAACUUUUGAUAUCAACAAUCAAGUUUGAAUCUCAUUUUAUUCAGUUUUAAUCAUUAGAGUAUUCAUUAUCAAGUUUGAGGAAUCAUCGAUGUCAUCCAAUCCCAAGUAUUCCAUCCACAUGUUUAGGGCGCUGCCCGCAACCACCAACCACCUCGCGACCACCGCCGGUGUCAUUCUCCGCCUCGGAGACGCCCUACGCCGCCGCCUGCUCCUCCGCUCCUCCCUUAAGGGUAUUUCUCUUGGUGGUGUGCCUCAUUUGAAGGAUGUCUGUCACGAAAGGGCCCUUCAGCUUACAGGUUUUAAUUGCCUCCAAUGGUCAUUCAAUGCCUUAUCUGCUACACUCUCGAGCUUAAGUUUCUUCAAUGGAGAUAAAAGUGUAAGUAAUUCUAAAAACUUGGGGAAGCCACAAUCCAGGACACCUAGAGGAGACUUCUUUGAUGGAAGGCAAUGGACUAAUAUCCUUCUUGCUGCUAAUGUCUUAGUUUAUAUUGCACAAUCUGUCUCAGAUGGCAACCUCAUGUUUCUGGGUGCCAAGAUUAACAGUCUCAUUAGUAAAGGGCAGUUAUGGAGGCUAGUCACAUCUUCCUUUCUCCAUGCAAAUAUUGGGCAUCUGCUGGUCAAUUGCUAUUCUUUGAACUCAAUUGGUCCGAGUGUUGAGAAUAUAUGUGGUCCUAAGAGAUACCUAACAAUAUACAUCAGCUCAGCAAUCGCAAGUGCAUCCAUGAGCUAUUGGUUCUGUAAAGCACCAGCAGUGGGUGCUUCAGGAGCUAUUUUUGGAUUGGUUGGAUCAUUUGCUAUGUUUGUCCUGAGGCACAGGGGCAUGGUCAAAGGCACUGACAAUGAUCUGAAACAUAUUGCACAAGUGAUUGUUCUAAACAUGACAAUUGGGUUGCUUUCUCAAGGCAUUGAUAACUGGGGACAUGCUGGAGGGCUGCUAGGCGGGGCUGCAGUGUCUUGGCUUCUUGGUCCUGCAUGGGAGCUUCAGUCCGUUGCCCGUGAUGGCCGAAGAAAUUUCGAGGAUAGAGCGCCGAUUUUUUAUCUCACGAGGAGGCAUCCUAAGUAAGCAGAGCAAUCUUCAACCAUAAUGGAAUGGUGAGGGUUUCUUUCAACUUAUUGUAAAUCUUACACCUGAAUCUGAUCUUACUAUAGCAACUGCCGUAUCUAACUUCUUGUAACUGAGCUGAGACGGAAACUUAAUUGGGUAUUGAAUGUGAAUUGUAUAAUCAA